AUGGAUGCUCUCUCGCAGGUAAAUGCGGUUGUUGAUGUUACUCAAGGAACAUUGUCUAUUAAUGGUGAGACUGUGGACUGUAUUCAUUAUGAUAGUCAACCCUUGAAUUGCAGAUGUUUAAUGCGUCGUAUGACUUUGGUCUCACCAAAUUCAGAAGUUAUCAUCAACGGCCAUUUGAGGCAUUGUAAACAAUCUUAUUGCCAUGAGACAUUGACAUCUAACCUACGUAUCCUGGAACCAAGUAACAAUCCUCAUCUACUUGGAAAGGGACUCUGUAUAGCACGCACUCUAGUUGACAUUGAAAUGUCAAAUACUCUUCCAAUACGAGUACUUAACCUCACUGAUGAACCUCAAACUAUAACAGCAAACACAACUAUUGCCAUAGCAAAACCGGUACAAAGUGUUCAGGUUUUUGAUCCGUCAGGCAAUUGUAAUGACAAUAACAUAAGCACAGACUGUGAUGCCCAAGGUGAUCUUCCAGACCCACUAAGAGACAUGUUGUCGAGGAGUGCAACCUACCUUAGUGACAAGGAAGAAAGGCAGGUGACCCAGUUAUUGAUUAAGUAUAAACAUGUUUUCUCGCUGUCGGAUGGAGAAGUCGGCAGGACCAGCCUACUUCAACACCGAAUUAACCCAGGAAACGCAGCUCCAAUUCGUCAGGCCCCACAACGCACGCCAUCAUGGAAACAAGCAGAGGUAGAGAGACAGGUCAAUACCUUACUGGAGAGCGAGAUAAUGGAGGAAUCGUCUAGCCCCUGGGCAUCCUAA